UCUUUCACAUUCACUCUAACUUACUUGCAAUUUUCUUCUACUCUUCUCUUCUAUUGACAUAUGAGCAAAAACAUAGUAAUUAUGAGUAAUAAUUCCUCAAAUGAAGAUGAUCAAUUUGAGUUAAGAAGAGGGCCAUGGACUCUUGAGGAAGAUAAUCUUCUAAUUCAUUAUAUUUCUACCAAUGGUGAAGGUCGUUGGAAUGCCUUAGCUAAAUGUGCUGGAUUGAAGAGAACAGGGAAAAGUUGUAGACUGAGGUGGCUGAAUUACUUAAAACCUGAUAUUAAACGUGGAAACCUCACCCCACAAGAACAACUCUUAAUCCUUGAACUUCACUCCAAAUGGGGAAACAGGUGGUCAAAAAUUGCUCAACAUUUACCAGGAAGAACAGAUAAUGAAAUCAAGAAUUACUGGAGAACAAGGGUGCAAAAACAAGCAAGACAACUCAAGGUUGAUUGUAAUAGCAAAAAAUUUGUUGAAGCAAUCAAGAGUCUUUGGAUGCCAAGAUUACUUGAAAAAAUGGAGCAAUCUUCCUCCAUUGAAAAACAUAAUCCUUCACUAAUUACUCCCUUAAUCAACAAUCAAGAACCUUAUGAUAAGGAAAAUUCAAGAAUGUAUUCAACAGAUUCAAUGAAUAUGUUGAAGUUGCAGCCUAAUGAGAUGACAAAAGAUGUCACAAUCUACAAUAAUUCAGUACAAAAUGAGUGUUACCAUGUGGAAAGUUUAAGCCAACAGCCAGAUUUUUCAUCUCAAGAAAUGUCAAUUUCAGAGUGUGAGGUGGCAGAAGCUCAUUGGUUUAGUGAUGAAAUGGCUGCAGCAUCAUUGUGGAACAUGGAUGAGUUUUGGCAAUUCAGAAAGCUAGGAGAUAUAGACAUCUAGCUAGACUUGUGCCAAUUUUCAAAGUCAGAAGAGAGGGCCAAAAAAAAUGCUAAUCGUAAUAAUAGUAUUUUGAAAGACUUACAUAGCUAUAUAUCACUUUUGAUAAUGCCUAUGUUAUAGUUAUAGUAGGUUUUAAAAGUUCUGACUAUGACUUAAUCUCAUAGUUUUCUAGCUCUAAUAUACUUAUUGUACAAAGAAAAUAUCAAAUGGCUAGUUUUUGUGUUUAUAUAUUAAGAACUUGUGCUUU